UCACCAACAAUUUUGACGUUUCUCUUCUCUAGCUAAUCUUGUGUUGAAGGUCUUUUUUGGUGCGUAUGUCCAGCUCCAAUCGAAAACAAGUAUAAAUUUUUUUUUCUUCCAUAUUUCUCUCUCACAAGUCUUGAGAAAAAAUUAUUAUUUUCUUCUGCUCAAAAAAAAGUUCUAACAAUUAACGUCGAGAAAAUCAGUUGAAUUUGGUAUAAUUGUUAUUAAUAAAACUGAAAAUGUAUGGGAAUGGGCCGGUGUUUAAGGCGGAGGGGACGUCGUUCCGGGAUCAACCGUACGCCGAACAGCUUCCUCAGGGACUAUGGACCACCGGUCUUUGCGAUUGUCACGAAGAUGCUCACAUUUGUGUUCAGACAGCUAUAAUGCCAUGCAUCUCCUUCGCUCAAAACGUCGAGAUCGUAAACAGAGGAACCAUACCUUGUAUGAACGCAGGUUUGAUUCAUCUAGCGUUAGGCUUUGUGGGUUGUUGUUGGCUUUAUGCGUUCCCAAGCCGGACCACCCUUAGGGAACAUUUCGCAUUGCCUGAGGAACCAUGCCGUGACUUUUGGGUCCAUAUCUUUUGCACCCCUUGCGCUAUUUGUCAAGAAUCUAGAGAGCUCAAGAACCGCGGCGCUGACCCUUCCAUCGGUUGGGUUUCGAAUGUAGAGAAAUGGAGCCGAGAAAAAGUGACUCCUCCCAUAGUAGUACCUGGCAUGAUGCGCUAG